AUGAAGGCAGCAGCUCCGGGAGGAUUCCUGGUGCUGCCAUGGCCCGGAGGAGGCGGCGCCGGCACCGGUGACGGUGGAUCGGACCCUGUUGUGGGGGAGGAGGGCUGGGGGAGGCUGCUGCUGAGGAGUGGAGCACUGCUGGGAUUCACUCUGAUCUGUAUGGCGGUGCUGAGGAAAUGGAUUGGAGGGGGAGUGUGUCGCUGUUCGGUUCGUCUGGACGGGAAGACAGUUCUGAUUACAGGAGCGAACACCGGCAUCGGCAAAGAGACGAGCAGGGACAUGGCUCAAAGAGGUGCCCGGGUGGUGAUGGCGUGCAGGGAUCUGACCCGAGCGGAGCGGGCUGCCGAGGAGGUCCGCCGGUCGACAGGGAACGGAAACGUGGUGAUCAGACACCUGGACCUCGCCUCCGUCUACUCUGUCAAGCAGUUCGCCAAAGACUUCCUGGACAGUGAAGACAGACUGGACAUUCUCAUCAACAAUGCAGGAGUGAUGAUGUGUCCAAAAUGGCUGACAGAAGACGGCUUUGAGACUCAGCUGGCUGUUAAUCAUCUGGGUCAUUUCUUGCUGACCAAUCUACUGGUGCCAAAGCUGAAGAGCUCCGCCCCUAGUCGCGUGAUUAAUGUGUCGUCCAUCGCCCACCAAGGAGGUCGCAUCGACUUCGAUGACUUGUUCUUCAGCCGGAGAACAUACAGUUCUCUGGAGAGCUACCGGCAGAGCAAACUGGCCAACGUGCUGUUCUCCAGAGAACUCGCCUGCAGACUCAAAGGCUCUGGUGUGUCAUCGUUCUCCCUCCACCCUGGUGUGAUCCGGACCGAGCUGGGCCGUCAUGUGGAAGGCUGGUUCCCCCUGCUGGGGAUGCUGCUGAGGCUGCCCUCGCUGCUGCUCAUGAAGACCCCGUGGCAGGGCUGCCAGACCACCGUGUACUGCGCCGUGACGCCGGGCCUCGAGGAACGCUCAGGACGCUACUUCAGUGACUGUGCAGAGAAGGAGACAGCGCCGGAGGGUCGGGACGAUGUGGCGGCGAGAAGGCUGUGGGAGGAGAGCGCCCGAUUGGUCGGAUUAAAGGACUUGUAGUGAAAAUAAGAAGUGACGGAGCUGCAGCGCCCCCAACAGGACAGAACAAAUGACCCUUAACAUCUGCUGGUUCUGUUAGUCUGAAAGGCAAGCUUCAUGUUGCUGUUUAAUCAGGUACAUGUGUGUUCUUUAACUCACACAGUCCUCAUGUUCCACAUGGUCCACAUGUUCCAGGUGUUUGGACUCCUGAGAACGAGUCUGAACACACUUCAAACAUCAGUAUGUUCCCCUAAUGUUCCCUCUACAUUUCCUUCAUGCUGUCUUGUUGGUCUCUUUAGGUUCCCUUAGUGUUGUCUUUAUCUGUCACUUUCUAUUUAGGUUCUCUUAAUGUCUUUUAUGAUGUUUCCUCAUAGUUACUUUUAUUCUUUCUUUGUGUUCCCUUGCUGUUCCUUUAAGUUCCUUCAGUGUUCCCUUUACGUUCUUUUCAUGUUUCCUGUUCAUGAAGUUCUUUCAGUGUUCCUCAUCAGGUUCCCUUUAUGUUCCCUUGUGGGUCUCUUAAUGUUCCCUUCAUAUUCACUUUAUAUUUCUUUCAGUGUUCCUGUUUAGC